AUGCAUCCGUCGCGACUGCCACUGGGCGUCAACAGGCACGCGUUCCACACUUACGGUGUGUCGACGGUCCGCGUGCUGGACGACAACGACUCGGAGCCGCAGUUCGUGGAGCCGCUGGACGGCGUCAUCAGCGUGCGCGAGGAGCAGCAGGCUGGCUCCGAGGUGGUCCAGGUGCACGCCACCGACGCUGACCUGGGCCAGAACGCCUCCAUCGCCUACAGUCUGGCGCCGGGUGUGGACGCGGGUGUGGACGGUGCGUUCAGCAUUGACUCGGUCACAGGCGUCAUCUCCACCACCCGGGUGCUGGACCACGAGGCGAAGGCGGUGUACCGGCUGGAGGUAGUGGCACGGGACGGCGGCGCUCCGGCUCGGCAGGCCAGCCAGCCCCUCACCAUCAACGUGCUGGACCUGAACGACAACUCACCCACCUUCACCACCUCUAGCCUGUCGUUCACCGUGCGGGAGAACUCGCCGAUUGGCUUCCAGGUCGGCAUGGUGGAGGCCAUUGACCGGGACGCCGGCGAGAACGGCCGCGUCACCUACACCAUCCUCAGCGGCAACCUCAACGACACAUUCGACAUCAACCGGGCGACGGGCGCGCUCAUCACCACGCGAGAGGUGGACUACGAGAUGGCCUCCGAGUACCAGCUGCAAAUUUCGGCCGUCGAUGCCAGCGCCACAAACCCGCAGAACAGUGAGGUAGCCGUCACCGUGCUGGUGCAGGACGUAAACGACAACGCUCCCUCCUUCGCCGAGGACCUGAUCCUGUUCUCUGUGGCCGAGGAUCUGGCGCCCGGCUCAGCUGUUUGGAACUUCACGGCCACGGACAGCGACAGCGGCCCCGACGGCAUUGUCAGGUACAGCCUGGGCCAGCAGUCGCCAGAGCCGGCGUUCGCCAUCGACCAGUACACGGGCACGCUCACGCUGCGGGACGCCAUCGACUACGAGCAGCACGCCGAGUACACCAUCAUCGUCACGGCCACGGACCAGGGCGAGGACGAGCAGUCGCGCCUCAGCACCUCGGUCACCUCGCAGAUCAUCGUCGAGGACGUCAACGACCACGCGCCCGUGUUCGUGCGCGCCGGCGGCGCCGGCCUGACCGUGCAGCGCGACGAGCCGGUCGGCCAUCCGCUGCUGCACGUGAUCGCUGUCGACGAGGACUCGCGCGACAACGGCCGCGUCACGUACCGCAUCGUGGACGGCGACCCGGACCAGGUGUUCCUCCUGCAUGAGGAGACCGGUCUGCUAUCUGUGGGCAAGCCCCUGGACGGCCAGUCGCAGACGGAGUUCGCGCUGAAUGUGACGGCCUCAGACCACGGCCAGCCAAUGCAGCAGACUUCGACUGUCGUUGGCGUCACUGUGCAGCCUGUGCUCGACAGCCGGCCCCUGUUCGGCCGCGCGCUGUACCGGGCCAACGUCAGCGAGAAGUCGCCCAUCGGCUCGUUCGUGGUGCGCGUCUCGGCCGACGAUCUGGACGAGGGUGGCGACGGCGGGCUGACGUACCACAUUCCGGACGGGCUGGCCGGCGACAUGUUCCGCGUGGACGCGCGCACGGGCGAGGUGAGCACGGCGGCGCGGCUGGACCGCGAGACGCACGCCACCCACGUGCUGACCGUGUACGCCCGCCUCGACUCGACUCCGCCUAGACUCGACGCCGCCACCGUCGUCGUCGGCGUGCUCGACGAGAACGACCACUCACCAGAGUUCAAGGGCUCCUGCUACCCGCUGCGCGUGCCAGAGAACAGCGAGCAGGCUGUGGUGCACGCUGUGGUGGCCGUGGACGCUGACAGCGGCAGGAACGGCGAGAUCAUCUACAGCAUCACCGACGGCAACGUGGGCAACAAGUUCUCGCUGGACACGGCGUCUGGCGCGCUCUCGGUGAGACCGCUGGACCGGGAGGUGCGCGACGCCUACCGGCUGGAGGUGACUGCGCAGGACCGCGGCUCACCGGCCCGGCGCGCCACGUGCGACCUGCACGUGCGCGUCCAGGACCAGAACGACAACGACCCCGUGUUCCAGCGGCGGCAGUACCAGGCCCAGGUGGCCGAAGACGCUGCCCUGGGCACUGACGUCAUCACGGUCAAGGCCACGGAUGACGACAGCGGGCCGAACGGCCGCAUCACCUACAGCAUCAAUAACGAGACCCAGUGGCGCUUCCGCAUCGACAACGACAGCGGCAAGAUCACCACGGCUGGCACCUUCAACCGGGAGCGCCAGUCCACCUACACGUUCGAAGUGCAGGCGAUGGACGGCGGCCAGUACAACGCGCGCGCCACGCGCGCCACGGUCACCGUGACGAUCGAGGACGCCAACGACCACCGGCCGGUGCUGGCGCGCUACCCGUUCACGGCGCGCGUGCCGGCCCACACGCGCCAGGGCGCCGAGCUGUUGACCGUGACGGCCGUCGACGAGGAUGAUGGCGCCAACGGCCGGAUCAGCUACAGCUUCACAAACCAGCCGGCCAACGGCCCAUUCCGAAUCCACCCGGACACGGGCGUAGUGAAGGCCAUUGGGUCCCUCAGCAAGGAGUCGGGCCGGCUGUUCCACUUGGAGGUGAUCGCCCGAGACGGCGGCAGUCCGCCGCAGACGGCCUCCGGGCUGGUGGAGAUCUACGUCGGCGAGCAACGCGAGCUCACCACGCUGCGCUUCCAGAACGACACGUACCGCGGCUCCGUGGCCGAGAACGCCCCGGCCGGCACGGACGUCGUCCAGGUGACGGCCGUGCGCAGCGACGGUCGCCGCCAGCGCAUCACCUACAGCUUCGGCUCCGGCAACGAGGACGACACGUUCGAGAUUAACGCCAACAACGGGCUGAUCCGCGUGCGCGACCCGCAGCGGCUGGACUUCGAGCUGACGCGACAGCUGCGGCUGGUGGUCGUCUCGCAGGCCGAGGGCGCCACGCCACUCUAUGGGUACGCCUCAGUGCUGGUGGAGCUGACGGACCAGAACGACAGCGCCCCCCGCUUCACGCAGGACGAGUACAUCAGCGCUGUUUGGGAGGGCAACAACAAGGGCACGUUCGUGGUGCAGAUCCGCUCCUCGUACGAGCUGACGAUCGUCGCCACGGACCAGGGCCGACCGGCGAUGGUCGGCUCGUGCGCGCUGCGCAUCAGUGUGAUCGACGUGAACGACAACCGGCCGACGUUCCCGCCGCACUCGGUCACGAACGUGAGCGAGGGCGCGCAGGUGGGCGCCGUGGUGACGGCCGUCACGGCCAACGACGUCGACACGCAUCCGGCGCUGAC